CAGCGCCAAACCACACCAACAGCAAUAGCAGUGAUUUGCAAUUCGUUUCUCAGUUGAUCGCUUUGCUUUGACGGUAUUUGAAGCGAAAUUCGAAAAUUCGUGCUUUGCUUGAAUGUUGUUCGUCGUGUCGUGAAAAUUUGAAUAAAAAAAGUUAGCAAAAAACAAAACAAAAAAAAUUUAUAAAAAUAAAAUCGUAAAAAAUUGCUGAACUGUCAAAAAAUCCUCCUCCGCACCCCCACCCGCGCAUAGCAUAUGCUAACCCACGCAUACAAGUAGAUUAGUGCCGCAAAGCAGCUGUCGAAUAUGGCGAUCGCACAAUCAACUGUCAUUGUCACAAUUGACAGCAAUGAAGGCAUCUUGGAAGAUAUGACGCCGGUGUUGCCUUCAAAUGUUGGUCAUUUGCUGGCAGAACCCGUUGAUAUACAAUGCCCAGCGUGCGGCAAGAAAUGCGUAACCCGGGUGGAGCGGCAGGCAGUGACGUGUGUGCAGAAAUUUGUGGCUGCGAUUAAUUUUUGCCUUUGUUGCAACCCCAUUAGCUGGUGCGGCCGACAUGACGUCAAUCACUAUUGCAGCGAAUGUGGGUGCUAUAUUGGACGCUACAUAACGUUGAGUUGGUAUAAGAAGCAGCUGUUCAAAAUGCAACGAUCGGAUGUGGUGUUCGAAAAUAAGUGGCAACGUUUUAGAAAGGUCGAAAAGGAAACACUUGACAGCAAAAUUCUCGCGAAACAGCAAGCGAGGGAGUUGACGAAAUUGAAGACGACAACGAGAGAGACGAAUGCUUGAAAUUUAUUGGGUUAAUAUUUAUUUUGUUUUUCACUUUUAUUUUGAAAUUUUGUAAUUUUAUGAUACGUAAUGUAAUAAAAAUUGGUUACUACAGAUAUAUUUUUUUAAAUUUAAUUUAGCAAAUGGAGUAAAAAGGGAAAAA